CUCGUUGGAUUCUUUGCUACUGCGUAUCUGGCCUGGAUUCUGCUCGUUAUACAUUAUGUAUAGGUCUUCGAUCCCGCUGAGGCUAGUCUUGCCAAGGAGAAGCGCCCAACGAACCCCAUCGAUAAGAUGCUUGUGGAGUUCAUCACGAGAAUUACCAAGCGUCCAGAAAAGACCAAAAAGAUAUGGAGCAAUGCUCUGGAAAAGAUGAUCCUUAUGAUGAGUGAUCAACAAAUGAUCACUGGCAUUGCACUAAUGGUCAGCGCAAUAACACAAUUGCGUUGCGGCAUAUCGGCAUACCACUGGCAAAUCACCAUUUACUUGGUGUGGUUUUCUUCCUUCACACACUUGGCCACGUUGACAUUCCUCCGGGGAUAUCUACAUGAAAAUUCGCCACUGCGAUGGUGGAGGCUUUUCUUCAUGACAGCCUUGAUUGGACUGCUAACAGCGGCUCUGGUACCUACAAGGCGCGGAGACUGGCUCCCUGACGACCAAACCGCCAUGAGUGGUACGCCAGCACUAUGCAUGUUCAAUUAUCCACGAAGUCCCCCUGAAUCUGCGUCAUUGAUAACUAUGCUUUUCUCAAUCCUGGUGCUAAGUAUAAGCUACACUACUCGAGCAAUCAAGCUCUUCAAAUGGAGCUCUGAAGCCAGCAGAAGGAUUUUUCGCACGAUUCCUGGAAAUGCAUUCAAAAAGCAUCUUGAAGUCCUCUACACUGGUAGCCAGAAAACCAAAGCCAACAAAUGGAUAUUCUAUAUUCCGUAUUAUGUCAUUUUGGCAGUCUUUCUUGUCAUAAGGUCAUGGAUGGAUUUCCUGGAGAGCAUGUUCUGGGAAAUAACCUGGCUCCUGAUUGCCUUACUCUGGGGUACUCUUCGGCUACUUUCUACUAGGAACUCCACUAUAGAUCAGGACAACGAUAUUCUUGUGGAGAAUUCUUGGGGUUUCGGCCAAUGCCUUUCUACCGCAAUGGUUCUUCUUUUGCUUUUCUCGGGCAUCGAGACAUACCUUGAAACCAAACGGCUUAUUGCACAGAGUUUAUUGACUCCCCCGCAAAAUGUGGACAAUUCAUCGACCGGCAAUGUCGACGAUGCUGAGAACAGAGCGGUUUUGCCCCCUUCAAAUGGGGACAGAAACACUUCCGCAUCCCCUGAGACAUCGCCAAUCGAACGUGCUUCCGCAGAAACUGCAGAUAUUACUGAUCAUGGAAUCGUUGCGACCGAGACGGACGACCAGUUGCAAAGAAUUACACGAUCAGCGACCGUCCUAAGCUGGGAAGAAAGAUCAAUGGAAACCUCGUCCCGCCGACACAAUCCAGUCCAGAUUGUCGGUUCCCUUUUCGAGCUUGAAAGAUCCCCUAAUACUGCAUCCACACACCCCGAAACGCGUAUUGAGCCGCAACUCGCUCCACACAUGCGAGAUUACUAUGAUGACAAGUGGUAUAGAGGUCUGGUUUAUCAUAAUUUCCUCAUAAUUACCGUACUUUCGGGCGGAAUCUUAAGUGGUGCAAGUGGCAAGACCGCCGGUUUUGACGGCCUCUUCGGCAAUGCACGACACGUGGGUGCAAUGAUGUUGCAUUUAUUCAAUUGGGUACUGGUAUAUGCUCCCCUGUCAUCGUGUUUCAUUACCUUGCCUUAUGUUCUGUUCCGCGAUACACACAGGAUACGCUUGAAACGGAUCCACACGUUUGCUUCUCGCGUUUACUGGUACCAGAUAACUGCGUUGGCCUUUGCUUUUUGUCUGUUGUUCGCUGUACCUAGUGUAUCCUGGAAGGCUCUUCUACCAAAGAAUGGGGAUGCUUUGUUUGCCUUUUGGUUUUAUUUUAGCAUUUUUUUCGGAUAUCGUUGUUGGUAUAAGGUAAUAUACGAAAAGUUGAAGAGAGAGGCGAGGACUUGAGUGGGCAAUGCGAAGAAUGGCUCUGAGCUUGAGGAGUAGAUCCUGCCCUUAUUCCAAGGUUAAUUGGAUGGGCUCCAAGAAAAGCUGCCCUAGAGUUGGAACCGAUCAAGUUGUAAUCGAGCUUGGAGACACUGAUGAUUGAGCCUACGUGCAAGCCGAAGGGCAAGGAGGUCUGGGAAUUGAGGAGAGUUGGGGUUGAAAGUAGCUAGAUGUUUGAGAGGAGG